AGAGGGUAAGUGAUAAAGAUUGAAAAAAAAAAGAGAGAGAAAGAUAAAGAUUGGAUUUUUUGGUUGACCAUAGAAUAGAUAUACUACCCAGCCGAAAAUCGUUGAGGAAAAAGAUCGGAAUUUUUGGUUGACCAUACUAUAGAUAUACUACCCAUUAAGCCGAAAAUCGUUGAGGAAAAUACAGUCGAGAGAGAAAGACAUGUCGUGCUUGUGUUCUUGCUGUGCUUCCUUGACCUGCGGUCUCUGCUCAUCGGUGGCGUCUGGGAUCUCCAAACGCUCAGCUAGACUCGCUUAUUGCGGCCUCUUUGGCAUCUCUUUGAUCGUUUCAUGGAUUCUCAGAGAAGUUGCAGCUCCUCUCUUGGAGAAAUGCUCAUGGAUCAACACUUCUGAUUCUUACUCAAAAGAAUGGUAUCAAAUACAAGCAGUUCUUCGUGUCAGCUUAGGGAAUUUCUUGUUUUUCGCAAUAUUUGCCCUUAUAAUGAUUGGAGUAAAGGAUCAGAAUGACAGACGUGAUUCCUGGCACCAUGGUGGAUGGACUGCUAAGAUUGUGAUUUGGGCUUUGCUUGUAAUCCUCAUGUUUUUCCUCCCGAAUAUUGUCUUGACAAUUUAUGGGAUUUUAUCAAAAUUUGGGGCAGGAUUAUUUUUAUUGGUUCAAGUGAUUAUACUACUCGAUGCCACACACUCAUGGAACGAUGCUUGGGUCGCGAAAGAUGAACAGAAAUGGUAUGUUGCUUUACUUGGUGUAUCAGUGAUCUGCUACCUUGCAGCAUUUACAAUUUCGGGACUUCUAUUUAUUUGGUUCAAUCCUUCUGGUCAAGAUUGUGGUCUCAAUGUCUUCUUCAUUGUCAUGACCAUGAUCCUUGCAUUUGCAUUUGCUGUUAUUGCAUUGCAUCCAAAGGUGAAUGGAAGUCUGUUGCCCGCUUCUGUGAUUUCCGUUUAUUGUGCUUACGUUUGUUUUACUGGUCUAUCCUCCGAACCUCGAGAUUAUGUCUGCAAUGGUCUCAAUAAUACCCGUGCAGUCUCCACAAGUACCCUUAUUCUGGGGAUGCUCACAACAGUUCUUUCAGUUCUUUACUCUGCCCUUCGAGCCGGAUCAUCAACAACAUUUCUAUCCCCACCAUCUUCUCCCAAGUCAGGUGAAAAGAAACCCCUUCUUGAUUCUGAAAAACUGGAAGAAGGGAAAGAAAAGAAGGAAACAGAAGCACGGCCAGUUAGUUACUCCUAUACAUUCUUCCAUCUGAUAUUUGCUCUGGCUAGCAUGUAUUCGGCCAUGCUUCUUUCUGGGUGGACCAGCACUUCUGAGAGCUCCGACCUGAUUGAUGUUGGCUGGACAUCAGUUUGGGUUCGGAUCUGUACCGAGUGGGUCACUGCUGUUCUGUAUGUCUGGUCUCUUGUGGCUCCUUUGCUGUUCCCUGACCGCGAGUUCUUUUAGAUCUUCUUUUCAUGUUGGAUUUAGGGCUCCUUUACCUAUCAAUGUUAAUCUUUCACUAAAGGUGUAUGAUGUGAUCAAAUCCGGUUUAUGUAAUGUCUACUGGUGGUUGUGAUGUGCAUAUAAAAACUAGUACUCUGUAUAACAUGAUUUUUUUUUCACAAGGAAGUGCUCUGAUGACUGAUGCUUAUGUGUUA